CGGUCUCCUAUGCCGUGUGUUUUCUCAGAUAUAACUUACCACACACCGAGAUGUUUUAUGCCCAACUCUUCACCUCUAAACGAGGGACACUGGCCAAAAUCUGGCUCGCAGCCCACUGGGAGAAGAAAAUAACCAAAGCCCACGUGUUUGAAUGUGACCUAGAGACUACCAUUAAGGAAAUCCUGUCCCCACAGAUCAAAAUUGGUCUGCGAACGUCAGGUCAUCUGCUUUUAGGGGUGGUGAGGAUUUACUCAAGGAAGACCAGAUACCUUCUGGCCGACUGCAGUGAUGCGCUGGUCAGAAUCAAAGUGGCUUUUCGUCCAGGACAGACCGAUCUACCCGACGAUGCGAUGGAGGCCACCUUAAAAACUAUUACUUUACCAGAGGACUUCACAGACUUUGACUCUCAGCUGCCUGAUCUGAACACCAUUGAUGUGGUAGACCACUUCUCUUUAAAUCAGUGCCGCACUGAAGAUAUUACUCUCAAAGAAAACUUCGGGAACCUCUUUCUCAGCUUGGAGAGAAUAGGGGAGGAAAUGCAGUCUUACCAAGGAUUGUUUGAUCAGAGUUUCAGUGUCCACGGUGACUGCUUUGGUGAUGAGGAAAUGGCCGUUGACCUCAUUGAUAUUAUAGCUAAUACAGCUGAGGACACUCUGAUGUCUGAUUUCAAUGGGAACUCUCCUAAUGAAUUACCAGCUACACCUCCUCCAACUGCUGUCAACGCAGUAGAGCCGGAGAAACCAGAAACUUCCUGUUUAAAAGAAAAGAGCAGUCCAGAUGUGACUGAGACCACUUUCCUGGUAAACGAAGAUGAAGGUUUCGCUCUUGCACCUGUUUCUGCCACACCCUGUUCAGCAAAGAAGAGGAAGGUGAGGAAGCGUAAGCUGGUGAUUGACCGGUCAAAGCAGCUAACUAACAGUGCUAUCAGGGAUCAGCUGGCAGACUGCUCUGACAUUUUAUCCCCUCUGGAGAUUGCCCCGCCUACUCGCCAGCUGAUGGAGUGGCGGGAGAGCGGAGGAGUGAAGCAGCUGAUCUCCAGCUUUUGCCUUCCUGUUCUUCAUCCUGACUUAAAGCAGCUGUUCCCUUCUGAGGUGUCACCUAGGAGACAGGGCUUGAAGGGAGGAGCGAGACAGCAGACUGACCCCGAAGAGAUGAGGGAGCAAACUAGAGAGGCAGUGGGAGAGGACACUGUUCGGCCAGCGAUGGAUGACUGGAGUUUACUGCAAGAGUCUGUUGCUCAAGAACAGCCAGUAGAUGCAGACACUACUCUAGAAGCUUCUGCUUAUCAUCCAGAACCUCCACCUCCCUGGAACAGCACCAUUCAGGAGAGUAGGUUGGAGGUGUCUUUUCCAGAGCCUCAGUCUGAGAUCUCCACGCUCAGUCAUCCAUCUGUAGAGAUGAGGGAAACCCCACUGGUGACAAAGACACAAUCAGUUCAGGGCAGCCAAGAUUUGGAGGACAGAAGAAUGACCAAUCGGGCACACGACCUCCUCCAGGCUCUCAAAAGUCAAGACUCUUCUCCCGAUGCCGUGUACAGUCUUCAUGCUUUAUGUGAGAGCGGCAGCCGUUCAUAUGUGGCAGCCUUAUUUUUCUGCAUGCUUGUGUUAAGAAAGCAACAAUUCCUUAACCUGCACCAGAGUGCCCCGUACAGUGACAUCAUCGCCACACCUGGGCCUCUCUUUCACUCCAUCUAGAGCAAGUAGACAUGCAGCAGUGGAGGGAAAACAUUUGUGAGUUUGAUUUUGGUCUCACGUCUUCUUGGUUGAAAGUAAAUUUGAUGGAUUUCUGUCAAAAAAAGUAGAUUUGUUAUGAAUCCCUAUGGAGAACUGUUCAAAACAAUGACAUGCAUCUGUAAGGUGUUUCUAAAACACAGUGGGUUGGGCUGUGGUAGAGAAGAAGUGUAGAGCAGCAAGCAGUGCAGCAUGUUGUCUGCAUAUCAAAUGGUCACUAAAAUGAUUUGGUUUUUAUCAUUCAGUUUAAGUAGUUGAAUGAAUUAAACUGUCCAACAUUUGUUCAUUCCUUUGAAACUUAAGCCUUCGUAGGUUGUAAUGUAGUAAUAGAGUUCUACUAUGUGUUCGUUACUAUGAU